GUAAAAACAAUACGUAAUUUUGUGUAUAUAUAUUAUCUGAUAAUCAAACGCAGGACAACGCGAAAUCGGGUACUGACGGUUUAUGAUGAGACCGAAAGUUAUGUUUAUGGUUAUAUACCUACCUACCUUUUAUACCUAUAAUAGGAGAUCACUCUAUAAUCUCCACAUUCUUAAAAAAAUUAUGAAUUUUUAUUGAAAAAAAGCAAUCAUUUUCAUGCUAAUAAAACCCAUAGUAACAAAGUAUCUAUACCUAUAAAUAUUAAUUGUUUUCCCAACAAAUCGGACUUUAUUACUAUUAUUACAAGUGAACAGAUUCUGUUAUUUUACUGUUUGUUAAGGAUACUUACAUGUUUUAAAUAAAACAAUGCUAUUUUUGCAAGUAAUUUUUCUGUUUGGUUAUUUAACCGAGCAUACGUCAAUGGCUUAUCUUUAUCCUGAAUAUCCUGAUCGAGUUGGUAGUAUUACAGACAUAGACCCAGCCUGUCUUUUGCCACCUGAGCGCGGUAUGUGCAAGGCCCGCAUGCCUCGGUACUACUUUGAUCCAAAAACUUUAAGUUGCUCGUCAAAAUUCAUCUAUGGCGGUUGUCAUGGAAAUGGAAACCGAUUUUUAACUGAACUACAAUGCAAAAAUAAAUGUUUCCCAGCAAGAGCAAGUAUUACAGACAUAGACCCAGCCUGUAUUUUGCCACCUGAGACCGGUAUGUGCAAGGCCCGCACGCCUCGUUACUACUUUGAUUCAACAACUGGAAGUUGCUCGACAUUCAUCUAUGGCGGAUGUGGCGGAAAUGGCAACCGAUUUUUAACUGAAGAGCAAUGCAAAAAUAAAUGUUUAAAUAAAUCUUUAGCAAGAACAAGUACGCCUGAAUAUUGCCAGCUGUCCUUUGACUACGGAGAUUGCCAUUUCAAUGGUUUGGUACUAUCGCCGCGAUGGUACUAUGACCCGGACACAGCCUCGUGCAAGGUGGCCAUGUACUCGGGCUGUGGCGGCAACGGAAACCGUUUCGACACUGAGGAAGACUGCUAUGAUACGUGCGCUGAACCAAAACCAACUAAUAAAUUGCCCAAGCCGAGCCUUCGUGAAACUGGAGUUUCAGCUAUUUUAGGAAGCGAGAAGUUACAAGGCAUACUAGAAAACAUAUUCAGGACCAAAACACCAAAAAACUUGAUGAUAGUUUUUGAUCUAUAGAUAUGAUGAUUAAAGUUACAAAUAA